GACCACCUCCACGACCCUGCGGCUCCGCCCUGCUCUGCUUUUCCUCCCUCUGCUCUGCCCUGCUCGGCUCUCGGUGAAGACUAGUAGACUAAUAGUUGGGUUAAAUAUUAUUAUUCUUAUUUUGAAUGGAAAUUGUUCGUCCAGGUAUUGACGUUGUUACGCAGAGGAAGCUUCGGGCACAGAGCUGCUGAUUCCGAGCCGCUGAGUCGCUGAGAAAUACGCUGCUGAACACACGAUGCCUGCCUCCAUCUAAACUCUGUGAUGGAAGCACAGAUAGGAGUUCUUUUCUUUUUUAUGGUAUGGAGCUCAUCGGCCGCUGGGGAGGUGAAGAUUCUGAGAGGCACUGAAGGAGGAAACAUCACUCUGCCUGUCCCUGCUAUCGACUCUGGAUAUCUUUCACUUGGGCCAAAGAUUCUUGCUAAUGUCGAUGAGGGGAAGAUCCAGAUACUGGAUAAUAAGUACAAGCACAGACUUCUCUGGAACAGAACCACUGGACUCUUUACACUCACAGGACUACAGAGGGCUGACUCAGGGAUAUAUGCCAUUUCCUCUAAAUCUUAUAACCUCACAGUGCAUGAGCCUGUCUCAGAUCCUACAGUGAAGAGGCUUAGUGUGAGCACUGAGAGCUGCACCUUGCUGUGUGCUGUGGACCAAGCUGCAGAAACUACACUGUUGUGGUACAAAGAUGAGGAGAAACUGAACGAGAGCAGCUCUGCUCUCCCUCUUCCUCUCAUUAUACACAGGCAGGAUUUCAACUCUUCAUAUAGAUGUGUAGCUGCCAGCCCUGCUGAGAAGAAAACUCUUUCAGUCACUGUUAAGACAUUGUGUGAACACAACCACACAAACAGCACAGAUGACAUCAGACACAAAAGACACCAUACAGUUGGAAUUGUAAUCUCCAUCCUGUCUGUUGUGAUUGUUACACUUGUUGCCUUUUUCAUCAAGUGGAAGUGUCUUGACAAGAACAAAAGGAUAACCAGACAAACACAAGGCAGGUUUAACAAACACAGAACAAGAAGUGCAGUAUACUGACAUACAAAUAUGUGAAGACAGACUCAGUCGGGGAGGAAAUUUACCAGAUUCCUCAGGAGCGGUUGACUCCCAUCUAAAAACUGUUUAUGAUCAACUCGAGGUUCAUCGCAUGGUGCCACUUCACACAGUCACCGCUGAUAUGGUGUGAGAACAAACUUACACGAGUGCCCACAUACAGCAACUGUGCAGUAAAUAUUUGCAUCAUAUACCUGCUCAAACCAUCAGACUGAACUUUGAUGUGGUCAUCAAGAAGGUCUCCAUCAUUUUAAAAUCUUUUCAGGUAAACUUCUUUAGCCUCCCCCAAAUAAUAAGGCAAACGUGCACAGAAAGUUGGACUGUAUUUACUGAUGAAUGUUUUUUAAAUUCCUGGGUUGUCUAACAAAACUGUUUCAGUCCCCCCCCCCACACACACACACACACACCUUGGGGCUGCACGUAACAAGGAGUGAUUCUAGGGACAGUAGGAAAGGUUAAGAUCUGUAGGCAAUCCAAAAGAUUGACUUGUUUUAUACAUUUUAUUAUUUUGUAUUUAUGUUAUUGUCCUAUUUUUGAUUUUGUUUUUUUAUUUGUCUAAAUUUAUCUAGCUUUUGUUGUAAUGCAUUUCUUUAUGACAGUCUCACAUUAUUAAUGGCUGCUGUGAGAAGUUCAAGGCCCACACAUUUCAAGGUCAGCCGUUUUCAGGUGUACAGGUAUUUGUGUUUGAACCACUGUGUACUUUUCUCUAAAGAAAAGCCUUCCUCAUUUUUCUAACUAUGCCACAGGACACUGGACACUAUAUUUACAAUUUACUAUAGCCACAUGCAAAAAAGAGCCCUUGUGUGCUGUUAACUAACAUUUCCUUUGUUUUAUGACACAAAAUACUUUUUGACCUCUCUGUUCCUGUCAACUAUCUCCUGUGCAGAUGUCAGUUAGCAUCAGUUAGCCAGCAGGUGCAACUGAUACUGUGCUGUAAAAAAUGGCUUUCAUUCAUAGGAAGGAGGACAGUGGACAAUGGGUUGCAUUGUCUACUAGUUUUUUCACUCAGGAUUCUCUGUAAACCCGUUCUUACAGUCUAUUAAAGGCAUAUUGCUCUGUUUUAUUUUGA